GCCCGGCGCUGCCCUCGCAGUCGGCUUGCCGCUCCGCAGCAGCCCGGCAGUAGUGCUCGCGUUCUCCCAGAGGAUGGCCAACAAGUUCCUAUUCCUCCUCGGCCUUCUGGCCGCCGUCUCGCAAGCGGCCGGCGACUGCGAUUCGGAUGAGUUCUUGCAGUGCAGGAGCGGCGGCGAGUGCGUGCCAGGAGGCUGGCGGUGCAACGGCGACAGGAACUGCCCCGACGGCACUGACGAGGAGGGCUGCGACGUCCACACGGUGGCCCUCCCGGCCAACGCCUCGGUCACGGCCCGCGUGGAGUUCGCCACGGUGCACCAACACGUCGAGCUGCACCUGUGCGGCGCCCGGAACUGCAGCAACGUGAUGCUGUGGGGCGUGAGGGGCGACGGCACGCUGGCGUUCGAGGCGAGCACGGACUGCAACCGCCUCGGCAGGGACUGCGGGAACCUCGUCAAGAUUCUCAUCGAGGGUGCCCGCUACUUCCGCCCCGGCGAGGUGGUGCUGGAGGCUCAGCACCGGCGCGGGCAGUUCGCAGUGUGGCGGCGAGGCCGGCCGGACGACGUGGUGCAGGUUCCCGUGGAGGCGGACUACGGCACGCUCAGGGUCAGGCCCUACGUCUGGGUCGACGACAUGCCCGUGCAGUUCAAUGGUACCGCAGACCAGAGGACGGCUUAGUGCUACUGGCGGACCCAGGGACGUUUCUCCUGCAGCGUCCGCAUACAGGCAUCGAGAGGCGCUCCCCGAAGACGCCUCUCUCCAUUCUGUUGCAGCGGGACACAGCACACAACCUGCUUUCACUGUCUCGUUCACUGUUCAAUAAACAAGCAAUCGCAGUC